AUGUCCAGCACUAGGCCCGAUCUUAAAUUCUCCGAUUCGGUCGACGAACGGCUGUUCUAUCGCAAGUUUCAAAAUUUACCUCCAAAAGAGUCGCAGCUCGUGGUGAGGCUCAUAGAUCACAAAGACUACUUCUCGGCUUUAGGCGAAGACGCAGACUUGAUCGCUGAUGCCAUUUACAAGACACAGCUGGUGAUCAAGACUAACAAUUCUGUCCGUUAUGUCACCAUUUCGCCCCAGGUGCUUGUCUCGGUCUUGAAGCAUUGCUUGGUGCAAAAUGCACACAAGGUAGAAAUCUACAACAAACAGUUUGGCCUCAUGUUGACUGCUUCUCCCGGAAACCUUGAGGGCUUAGCUCAGGAAUAUUCAAUUGACUUGGAAUCUAUGUUGGCAGAUGGCUCGGCGCCAAUAGUUGCUAGUGUAAAGUUCACUUCCAAUGCCGCUACCAAGAAAGUGGGUGUCUGUAUGGUGGAUUUGCUGAACAAGACAAUUCAGGUUUCUGAAUUCGAGGAUAAUGAUCUCUUCUCUAAUUUGGAACUGUUACUCCUCCAACUCAAUGUGAAAGAGGUUUUGCUUCCUCUGACGUAUGACAUGAACGACCAGUCGUCACCCGAGACUACGAAACUCUUUCAAGUGCUAAACAGAAUCGGCGGCUUGGUUGUUGGCUCUAUUAAACCAUCUUUGUAUUCACAAAAGGAUCUCAACCAGGACUUAGAGAAGAUCGUGGUGGCACCAAAUGCAGAAACAGAGGCAGCCUCAAACAUAGAACUUAUCUUGGCUUCCAAAGGGAUAAGCUCAACUGAGUUUCCUCUUGCUCUUUCUUGUUGUAAUUCUCUUAUUCAUUACUUGAGCUUGCUUUCGGAAGAUGAUCCCACUUUUUCGAUUGAUAAGUAUAACACUUCCCAGUAUAUGAAGAUUGACUCAUCUACAAUGAAAGCAUUGAACAUCUUUCCCGUGGUACUGUCUCUCCCUAUGUCUGGUGUGAAAGGAAACACGAUCACUUCCAUUUUCGAACUUCUCAACAAAUGUAAAACCUCCGCUGGUACAAGACUUUUAUCGCAAUGGCUCAAACAGCCAUUGACUUCUACUGACGAGAUUCAUAAGAGACAUUCGCUUGUUCAACAUUUUAUAUCAGAUACUAAUUUGAGAGUGUUUGCUUCCCAAGAGUGGCUCGCUGGGGUCCCUGAUAUCAAACGACUUAUUAAAAGAAUCUCAACGGGUAUUAAAAAAGCUUCAUCUGCAGAAAACAAGAAAUUGGAGGACAUUGUUCGCCUUUAUUCGCUAAUUAUUGUUCUUCCGGAACUAAUCAACAUGCUCGAGAUGUCUGCUGAAGAAUGUCAGGACAAAACUGCAAAGACACUAAUUGAGGAUGAAUGGCUUGCUUCGCUCAAACAAUAUCAAGUGAAGCUUCUCAAAUAUCAAGAACUUGUGGAAACUACAAUUGAUCUUUCACCCCUUGAAUCUUCCUCUGCCAGCGCUCUUCUUCACACGGACUUCAAUAUAAAACCGGAAUUCGAUGAGUCUUUGAUCUCAAUCAAUCGCAACUUGACUGCUACUACUGAGAAGAUCAAAAGAAUUCAUGAAGAAGUUGCUGAAGACUUAGGUAUUGACAUUGAAAAGAAGCUUAAGCUCGAGAAACAUCAAAUCCAUGGUUGGUGCUUUCGUGUUACUCGUAAUGACUCUUCUAUUUUGCGUAACACUGCUGAUAGAUACAUUGAAUUGCAGACUGUCAAAUCGGGAGUAUUCUUCACUACCAAGAAGUUGCGGUCAUUAUCCCAAGAUUUUACUGACUUAACCAACGAAUACAACAUCAAGCAAAAGGAGUUGAUAAAGGAAAUAUUGUCCAUCGCAUUGACAUACCAAAACGUUUUUUUCUCUCUAUCCUUGGUUCUCGCCACCAUUGAUGUUCUAUCAUCUUUCGCCAACGUUGCAAUCUUUGCUCCUACCCCGUUUGUGAGACCAAAAUUACACAGUUUGGCCAAACUGGUCGACUCUCUAGAGUUUAAGUCAAGACGUGUUUCGUUGGAGGAAUCUCGGCACCCAGUGUUAGAAGUCCAAGAUGACUUGAGCUUUAUUUCGAAUGAUGUCAAACUUGCAAAUGAACUGGGGAGUCCUUUUGCUAUUAUUACAGGCCCCAACAUGGGAGGAAAGUCCACUUAUAUACGUCAAGUUGGCGUCAUUGCGCUCAUGAGUCAGAUUGGGUCAUUUGUGCCCGCCCUGGAGAGUAAGUCUAGUCCAGAGCUUCCAGUGUUUGAUGCAAUUCUUUCGCGUGUGGGCGCCGGCGAUUCGCAAUUGAAGGGACUCUCGACUUUCAUGAUCGAAAUGUUAGAGACUUCAUCAAUUCUCGCUUCUGCCACUCAUAAUUCUCUUAUUAUCAUCGACGAGCUAGGGAGAGGAACAAGCACAUAUGAUGGGUUUGGCUUGGCUUGGUCUAUUAGUGAGCAUUUAAUUUCGUCCAAAAAAUCGAUCACAUUGUUUGCUACUCAUUUCCAUGAAUUGACUAAGCUCCUGGAGAAGUAUCCUGGCAAAGUUCAAAAUUUACAUGUUGCCGCUCACAUCGAGAAGAAUGAGAAGGGAGAAAACGUGGAAGAUGACAUUACAUUGAUGUAUACUGUGAAGCCAGGUGUCUCAGACAAAUCGUUUGGAAUUCAUGUCGCAGAGUUGGUCAAGUUUCCUGCUAAAAUUAUUAGUAUGGCGAAGAGAAAAGCCUCGGAAUUGCAGAGUAUUAAUGAGGGAUCGGACCAGGACGUCUUCGUAAGCAACAAGAAGACAAAGUGCAGUAACGAUCAAAUUGAGGGUGGCUUGAAAAAAUUGAAAGAGAUUCUCGUUCAAUGGCGCAGUCAGUGUGUUGGUGAGUCUGGUACUUUCGAACUUCUGUCAGAAGAGGCGGUUAAUAAAUUGAAGACUUUGGUCGAUGGAAAAUACCAGGAUUUCAAGAAUGAUAAGUUCAUCAAUGAGAUCCUCACCAUGUUAUAG